UUUUCUUGGGAAGUGGCUGCAGUGACACUGAAUCAGCUGAUUUCUGCCGUCUGUUUGUGUUGCAGGUGGUGCGGUCCCUGUAAAAUCCUCGGCCCACGGCUGGAAAAGGCCAUCGCCAAACAGAAGGGUCGAGUCGCCAUGGCCAAAGUCGACAUCGAUGAACACACAGACCUUGCCAUCGAGUACGGGGUGUCAGCAGUUCCCACGGUGAUCGCCAUGCGUGGCGGCGAUAUCAUCGACCAGUUCGUGGGCAUCAAAGAUGAAGACCAGCUAGAUUCUUUUGUGCAGAAGUUGAUUGGAUAGUGAAGCUGUCAAUCACCGCCCCCUCUAGCCCCGCCCACCUCCCGGUGGAAACUCCAUUACAUUUCAUUACAGACACAGACAAACUGCACCCCGGAACAUCUUCGCUUCUCCAUCUCUCCUGCUUUCCUUAACUGUGUGUGUGUCCUUAUGUGUUUUAGAGGGUCUGUGGCAGUGCAUCGUGUUUUACCACGGUAAAAAUAUAGUAAAGUGUUCUCGGAUGUCCUGUAGCUGCUGUACUUUGCUUCGAACUGAAGGAUCAAUGGUACGGCCGACGCAGAUCCUCAUCCGGUCCACAUGAGGGCGCUUCCUCUCGCUCCGCUCUUUUACACCUGAAUGCCUACUAAUGUGAAAGUGUGUGAUGAUCACGGUGUUUCUUUCUAUUCGGCUUUUUCUUUUUUUUGGAUCUGACUGAAUUUUGCGCAGGAUGCAUGGGAUGAUGAUGGUUUUGUUUAGACUUUAACUCGUAUAAACUAAUAUAACCAACUAGUCAGAUGAAAUUAUGAAUAAAGCAACUGUACUAUAUUUAA